AUGUCUUCCCAGUCGACGCCCUUGCGGCGCCGGCCCUCGACCAACGACGAUCUCGCCCAGUCGAUGCGCCACCUCUCGCUCGCAGCAAAGCCGCCGGCCAAGCCGCCGACAACACGAAGCCCUUCAGCAGCAUCGAUGGCGUCGGUGGGCGGCCGUGCGUACCGGUCGCCAAGCGUGGCGAGCAGCCGCGGAGGAGGAGCAGCCUCAGCGAUGGCGCAGCGCAGUCCGCUGCUGGGGAGCGGACGGGAGUCGCGAGCAGGCGCGGCCACGCCGACGCUAUUGCGCAAAGCAUCACUAAACUCGCUGCACGGGGCCAACGGCAAGACGAGCUCGGCGAACCUGCGGGCAUCGUCGUGCUCGCCGGCACCGACGCAGAGACGGUCGCCGAGCGGACGGUCGGCGGGCGGACGUUCGCCAGGCGGACUAAGCGCCAACGGAAGCAGCAGCAGCUUCUUUGAGCCGCUACCCGAAGAGCCGACGGCCGAGUUCAUCGCGCAGCAGCACUUUGAGGCCGAGCUGACACGCCACGCCGCCGAUCUACGACAGCCGCUCGCGGCGCCCGGCCACACCGACACGGUCGUCGUGCUGCAGGACAGCUGCUACGGCCACCGGUUCGCUCGGCCGCGUACAUCGCGGGCCGGCCUCAACACGAUCGUCGAGCGCCCAGAACGGCUGCAGGCCUGCGUGGUCGGCGUGUCGGCGGCGUACGUGCGUCUGGGCGGACGGCACGCCGGCGGCGCUCACAUGCCGCAUCCGCGGCGCAACGGCGGCGCCAUCGCGUCCGUGCCCUUCCACAUCCGCAAGACCACGCGCCAGCUGCCGCUGCAGUCAGCCGCCGUCACCAACGUGCACGGGGCCAAGUGGAUGGACGAGCUCAGGCUGCUGUGCGAGUCGGCCGAAGCCAAGCUGGCGCUCAACGGCAAGGAGCUGCAGCGGGAGGGCAGCAGCAGCAGCGACACGCCCGAGAAGCUGCACGAAGGCGACCUGUAUCUGUGUGCCGAGUCGCUGGACGCGCUGCAGGGAGCGCUGGGGGGCGUAUGCGAGGCCGUGGACGCCGUCUUUGGCGGAUCGCCCCCGCUGACACAAGACGAGCUAGGAGGACUGGGGUUGGGGCUGGCCCUGCCGACCGAGAACCACAAUACGGGACCGAAGCGGGCGUUUGUGGGCAUCCGGCCGCCCGGACACCACUGCUCGGCGACGUGGCCGUCGGGGUUCUGCUGGAUCAACAACGUACACGUGGGGAUCAUGCAUGCGAUGCUGACGCACGGGCUGACACACGCGGCGAUUGUGGACUUUGAUCUGCACCACGGCGACGGAUCGCAGGCGGUGGCGUGGCAGCACAACGCGCGAGGCGUCGAGUCGGGGCAGCGCGGUGGCAGCAGCAGCGGCAGUGGCAGCAGCAGCGCGGCAGCGACGUGGAAGAAGGCGUCGAUUGGGUACUUCAGCCUGCACGACAUCAACUCGUUUCCGUGCGAGUCAGGCGACGGCGACAAGGUGAAGAACGCGAGCAUCUGCCUCGAGAACGCGCACGGGCAGAACGUGUGGAACGUACACCUGGAGCGGUGGAAGACGGAGGCCGAGUUCUGGCGGCUGUACGAGACCAAGUACGUCGUGCUGCUGGACCGGGUGCGGGCCUUUCUGCGGGGGCAGACGGCACAGCGAACGGAUGACAGGGCCGGUGGCGAGCCCAAGGCGGCCAUCUUCAUCUCGGCGGGCUUUGACGCGAGCGAGUGGGAGACGCCCGGGAUGCAGCGACACGAGGUGAACGUGCCGACGGAGUUUUACGCACGAUUCACGCGCGACAUUGUACGGCUGGCCGACGAGGAGGGCACCUCGGCAGACGGACGGGUGAUUAGCGUCCUGGAGGGUGGCUACAGCAACCGGGCGCUCAUUUCGGGGGUGCUUAGCCAUCUGAGUGGAUCGCAUCGAGGCCAUGAUCGCGCCGCCGGCACCACCGACAGAAGGACACGUGGCCGUGAGCCAGCCGACGACGACGUACUCAUCGCCGACGACGGCGUCCAAGGCCAAGGUAGCAAUGCCGCGCGUCCGGCGCAGCGCAUCCGGGCUGGCAGCCACGUACGGCCGGGCGACGUCGCCGAUGUCGCGACCACCAACACCACCGCCACCCGAGGUGUCGUGGACGGUGGCCAUGCACGAGCUCAGCAAGCUGUUGAUUCCGUGGGACCGGUCGACGACGAGCUGUACGGCCGAGGAGCUGACAGUCGAGACGCCGCGGCGGCGAGGCGGCGGAGGAGGGGUGGCACAGUCGACAGGAGCACCGACGAGGACGUCACAGCGGGAACGACGGCCGGUGAAGCCGUUUGGCACCGGCAGCGAGGAGGGAACGACGACACGAGGUCGACCCAAACAGCCGGUGCGACGGCUCAGCGUGGCGUCAGAGAUGGGCAGCAGCAGCAACAGCAGUGGCGCUACAGCAGGGUUGCAUGUCCGCAAGACGCGACCGGCGACGGCAAUGGGCGUGACAACGACGACAGGUGGAAGACGGGAGACGUCGGUAGGUCCGAGGACGACAGCAACGAGUGCCACGAGUGCUACUACCGCCACCAGAAGAAGCAGCACGUCGGUGCCCAGUGGCCGGACGACGUCCAUGUCUUCAAGCCAGCCGACGAGCGGCACGCGGCGGAUCAAGAUCAACGUGGUCACGACGGCACAGCGAGAGGCUCGAGAGGCUCGAGAAAAGACCAAACAAGGUGGAGAUGGUGCAGCUACCUCCUCGACCACCACGGACGAGUCGCCCCUGCUGACGCCCAGCACCGAGGCGGACAGCACGACGACGGCCACAAGCUCACGGUCGCCGUCAGCAAUGCGACGUGCCGAUCUGCCCCGGUUUACGGCCACGUCGACGAUCCCGUUUGCGCGAAAGCUAAGCCAACCAUGCCGUUCAGCAGCUAUAACCCGUUCGCCUAUCGCGAUGUCCGCUCUCACCGCGAGCUCGUCUCGUACCGCGUCCUCACGCUCGCCAGCUGGGCCCUGGCUGUCGCCUUGUCCAUCUACUACUCGGUGCGCAGCCCCCACGGCCACGGCAGUCACCGCAUCGCCGACCAGAACCACCGCCACCUGACCGGCUUCACCCUCAACAUGGUCAUCGUCUACGUCUACUGGGCCGGCCUCUUCACCUCGCAGGCCGGCUACAUCAACCGGCUCUUCUCGUCUACUGCCAGCACCUCCGCCGUCGCCGCUGCCGUCGGCUCGCACUUUAUUCUGAACAACCUGCUGCACUCGGCCUUUGUCAUGCUCUUUGUCACCGGCCACUUUGUCCUCGCCGAGAUCGUCCUGGCCGCCAACUUUAUCAACCUGUCUACCCUCAGCAUGCGCCACCCCCUCGCCUCUCACCCGCUCGCCCUCGUCCACCUGCCCACCGUCGCCGGUCCGCUCGCCUGGACCUUUGUUGCCCUCUUCUGGAACGGCGCCAUCGCCGUGCCCCAUGCCCACAGCCUCUUCGCCCGCGUCACCGCUAAUAUCUUUGUCUGGUCCAUCCUCGGCUACGGCUUGCUGUUCAUCCUCCUCGGUGACAUCUCCAUGGGAUUCCUACUCUCUGUCCUUGCUGCCGCCCUCGGCGUCGGCCAGUUCUUCAUCCAGUUUAUCGCCCUACAGUGGAUCUUUGCCUUCUCCAUCAUGGCCACGCUCUUUGUCGCCACCUUUGCCAUUGCUGUGCCCCAGUGGACCGGCAGUGGCGACAACAUUCUGGCCGUUGUCGUGAAUGAGGACACUGAACGGGCACCUCUGCUCAACGACUCACCCACACCAUCGACAGAAUGGACAGCAUCGACGGCACCGCCGAUUCGUCGCUUUCCCUUUCCGAGCCUGCAUGUCGGCACAGACAUCUGUGAUGUCACCCGCAUUUAUGCCCUUCUCGACGACGGGUCUUGUGCUGGUCGUGCUGCUCCGCUCUCCCGCGGCCUGCCCUCUCAGACGAGGGCGGCUCGGCUUGUGCGCCGCCUUCUGACGGCACAGGAGCUGCCACCACCGCAGCCGAGGACUGGCGGCCUGCUGCCGACGCUGCCGUCGUCGUCGUCGUCUGCCGGACUGCUGGCCUGGCUGUUGGCCGGACACGUGACAUCGACAUCGACAUCGAAAUCGACCGACACAAAACGUCCACGCGAUCCCACCCUCUGGAAGGCCGCUCAGUUCCUAGCAGGAAGAUUCGCCGCCAAAGAGGCUGCCAUCAAGGCACAUCCUCAUCUCAGCCUGACCUUUCACCAGAUCCGCAUCGUUCGCGCAAAGGACACGGAAAAUAACGGCAGCGGACCGCCCGUUGCCCUCAUCCAACUCCCACCCUGCGCACAUACUGGCACGGCUCCCGUCGAGCAGGAGGCGCGGCUCAGCAUCAGCCACGAUGGCACCUACGCCACUGCAGUCUGCAUCGGCUUUCAAGACUCAUUAGUAGACCAACAGCAUUCAUUAUAG